AUGCCUCACUCCAUACCGAAAGACGAGAAGACAACCCGAAAUUAUGUGCCAUUUUGGUCUGCGGAUAAACUCGCCAAUACCAAGGAGAUCCCGACCUAUCUCUUUCGCCUUACAGCCCCUGCGACAGACGGAACAACUAAUGAAACUAAUGUCUGCCCACCUGCACCACGAAAUAAGAACUUCCUGGACCUAUCAAGCUGUGAUGCAGCCAAUUAUCUUUAUCAACACCUUAAACCGGUCAAUGGACAUCAGGACAGUUGCAACUUCAUGAGCUGGUCGAGUUCCCUUUCUUUCCUGAUCCAGUACGCUUUCUAUCGAUCUAGAACAUGGUGGACAGAUCGAAAUUUCAAAGAUAUAAAGCUUCUUGUCAUUGAUACCAGGAAAUUGCCAAAGGGCAUAUUCGCCAAAGACAUGGACUUGCUCGAAUUUUUAAGUUCAACAUGCGAAUGCAAAUAUCAUGAGGACCUCAAAUACUUCACCAGAUUGCGCAAAAGCAAUUAUUAUUUCGGAGAAUAUCUCACUCAGGGCACUUUAAAUCUCCUUGAUGGGUACUGCAAACAGGUCAAUUUCGGAGAAAUGGUAGGUCUGGGACUAUUCGACUUGUUACCAGAUGUCUUGAAAGAUGAGCAGAAUUGGGAAAACUGGGCGAAACCCGUCAAAUCAUCUCGAAUCCCGUUUUUCUCGAGCAAUCAUGAUGAAACAACAUUGGAAGAUGAGGUUGAUGUCGCCAUGUCCAUCGCAAAAACGCUCUUCAGAGGUCCUUGGUCACUUCCUGUUGCUGCCAUGCUUCUUGGUCUUAAGCCUCGACAGAGAAAUGACCCCAUUAUCAUCAAUGGUUUCAUCGACAAUUAUGGAGUGGAUGACAUUCGAGACACUAUAUCACAGGGACUCAUAAUCGAUGGCGAAAGGUUGCCUGAAGUUAACGAAUAUGGUUACAUCCUCAGCGAAAUAGCAUUGAGUGUGCUAGAGAUUGAUGAGCUAGAAUCCUCUGAUACUGAUGACUCUGUCGAUAACGAGUCUACAGCUGUUGAUGAUUUGGCUUCGGAUUUGAAUAAUCAACUUACUUUGAAUUAA